CGCUGCGUUAUGUUGGCACCACUGCGCUCAUGUCAGAUGGCCGAACAUAACCUAUAAAAAGUUGAUUAUUUUAUUAUUUUUGUGCAUAAUUUAACAAUGUGUUAAAUGAAAAUGGAUGCAAGAGUGAACGACUUUCUUAACGAAAUUGACGAAAUAGCCCCACUUAGCGAAAACAAGGAGGAUUGUGCUUGGGAAAAGUGUUAUGAUGAAGAGAGCGGUUAUUAUUAUUACUGGAACACUAAAACAAACGAAGUAACGUGGGAUAUGCCCGCCGAAUACAAAUCAUUGAACAAAACCAAAAGUAAAAAAACUUGCAACUUGUAUAUCCCUCCACGAACAGCCCCCUUGUUUCCAAGCACACGUAACUUGUUACCGCCUGUAUCAGAUGCCAUAAAAAUUUAUAAAAUUGGUGAAUGUGCUGGGAGUAGUACAAAGAGUGAGAAAGUUGUAAAAGGGGAAGAACAUAAAGUUAAAGAAGAGAAAAAGACUGUGGUGAAAACUAAACCGGUUAGGAAACACAGUGAUUCUGAUGAUGAAAAAAUUGUUUUGAUCUCAUCUUAUAGUGGCGACAGUGAAUCAGAGGAGGAAAAGGAGGAAGCAAAUACAAAAAAAUUGAUAAAUGGAUCAAAGCCGCUCCUUACUUCAGAAGAUAAUGACGAAGUUACGAAACAGAAAACAUCAACUGAACCUACGAGUAAAGCUUCAAUUGUACCGAAAAAACCUGAAAACAAGGAAAUUUCCGGUUUUUCACUCGUUGCCGGUUAUAGUGACUCCGAUGAAGAGCAGGAAGAAUCAAACCACAAGCCUAAUUUUUUAAUAGGACCACCUCCUCAAGAAAAUAAAGUUUCUCAUAGCACCCUUUUUCCCGCCACUAAACCAAUAGACGUUAAAGAUUUUGCUGAAUCGCCAAAAAUAAUCGGAGAAGGUGAUGAAGGUUUUGAUUCAAAGGCGUUUCAACGUAAACGCCGAAUUGGAGUUGCGUUAAUAAAUACCGGUAAAAAAACAGUAAUUGAUGAUGAUAACGAACGAAAAGGACUGGGAUUUUCUAAUGAUAGCAAUAGUGGUGAGAAUUCAAGCAGUCCGUAUCCCGGAUUUAAAAGUGGAGGUGUUAUGUUUGUCAAAGCUGAUGUUUUAAAUCCAACGAGUACAGAAGAGAAAGCUGAAGAUUGUAGUUUGAUUGAAGAAACGUACACGACAUUGAAAGAAAAAUUAGGAUUUUUAAGUGAAGGUCGAGAAGAGGUUUCACCUGUUCAAGUGAUGCUUAUUCAAGUUGAGACUCUCUACAUCGCACUCAAGUCGGGAAAUUUAAAACACACCUAUUUAAAGCAAUGGCUUGAUGAGAAAUGCUCCGAACUCAUUAAACUUGAAAAAGAAGCGACUCCAGAAGGUUGGCUUCUUCAAUGGGAUAGGUCACAUAAGCGCUAUUUUUAUCAAAAUGCGUCUACGGGGGAGAGUCAAUGGGAAUAUCCCCAAGCCGAUGUUACAGUGUGUGAUGAAGCUAUGGAUAUUUGUACAACACCUCCUCCAACAGAACCAACAAUUCAUAUGUCGCCUCCUUUGCCUCCAGUCAUCGCUAGUCCGAGUCCGCCGCCACCACCUAGCAUUAGUGACUGCAAGACCAGUAAAAAAAAGAAAUGUGAUAUUCCUCUCCCUCCUGAGCCAAAAAAAGAUGUAUCUAGUGAAAGGUAUGCCAGCAAUGGGGAACCAUUUCCUCCAGGUGUGGAUGCGUCUGAUGUGACAACAAAAACAAAGGAUAUUAAAGGAAAUGAUAUGACCGAUGUUCUAAACUCGUUUUAUUCAGAUAUUGCUGCAAUUGAAACUAGUAAUUCACCACCUGUUUCUAAUGUUAACGAAGAUACAAAAUUAGAGUCGACUGUGGACAAUGUUCAAGAACCGAUGAAGAAAAAGAAGAAAACGAAAGUGAAAUUGGCACAAGGAAUAGCUAUGAAGAAGAAAGGGGUGUCGAAAUUGGUGGAAAAAUGGAAGAAUGUACAAUUGUCAUAUAAUGAUUGAAUGCAAAAGUUUUUUUACCUAAAUAAUAAAGUAGAGAUCAAACUUU